UGAUUCGCCGGUUAUUUUCCGGAAGUUUUGUAUUUUGUGUGUAUGGUGUCGAUCUUCCCCCAAGGUGAUUUGUGAUAAAAGUAAGAAGGUGACAUGGCGAGCUCGAUUUGGCGCAGCCUGAGAAAAAAUAAAACGUUCCGGUACGGGGCGCCUAUGCUGCUCUUAAUCAUCGGUGGUUCAUUUGGCCUGAGAGAAUUCACCCAAAUCCGCUAUGAUGCCCAAAACUUAAAAAGAAAGAUAGAUCCAGCCCUGGAGGAAUUAAUCAGCAAGAAAAGAAUUUCCCUGGAAUCUGAGUUUGAGAAAAUUAAAGAUUCUGAUUACGAAGACUGGAAAAACGUCAGAGGACCUCGUCCAUGGGAAGACUCAAAAUCAUUCCAGAUGGAGCAGAGAAAUCCUGCCAUUCCCAAAGAAGCAUAGAUAUAUGCAUUAUUAGACCGGGCAAUACAAAUGGUCAGAAUAUUUCCUGCAAGUCACUUUAUGAGGAUGUUACCACGCUUUUCUGAGACGUUCUGUUAAUAUGUUAAGUCAUAACUGCGGAACUGGACACAACUUGCCCCACAUCUAGGGCUCUGCAAAUUAGGCAUGCAUGUAUUUGAAAAAUACCGUAAAAAACUCAUUAUGUCUCAUUUGGAGGAUCUUGAAAGUAAUGUGAGACAGGGUUUACAUUAAAUACUCCAUAUACGUUUA